CCAUGUUUCUCUGUCCUUGACAUGGUUUUCCUUUGUGGGCGGCAGUGCUAAUUGCAGACAGAUAAAUAUUCAGUGGUUGUUUUGAAAGCCGUGUGGUCGGAGCCCCAGUUUUCCCUUUGUUUUCAUUCACCGUGGAUAACAUUAACUCCAGUCUCAGUCAUUUCUCUCACACCCUCCCAAUUCCUCCUCCAAGCGAGCGGUAUUCCACAGCCUUUUUUUUUUUUUUACAGGGAGAGAAUAUCCUCCGUCAAGACAGGAAUAGAGCGCGAUAUAAAUAAAACCGGAGGGAGGUAAUAGAUAGAAUAGAGACACAGCCAAAACAGUGUUGGUAGGUGGGACAGAGUAUGAGGGGUAAGGAAGGAAGAGAGGUGUGUGUGUGUGUGUGUGUGUGCUGGGGGAGGGGUGUGGGGUGCUUCAUGCCGCGCAAGAGCUGUGCAACUUCUUGGCAGCAUAUCAGAAAUGAGUCUGAGAAGUCAAGCAGACAUAUUGAAACAAGGAUGGUCGCUGGGUUGCUCAAAAGCUGGCUCUUUACAGAAUGGUGGGAAGUCACCUCUCCACAGAACUGCCCCCACAAAGUGGCCAGAGAUCCCAGUAUGAUAAUCCCCUCUGGGGACACCUGGCAGCCAACAACAGUACCACAAAUGCUGCAUCUUCCACGAGUCUAAGUGGCUGGGAUCACCAGAUCAUUGAGCAGAAGGACACUGAAUCUUGGCCUUCUGUAGCCCUCAGCCAGAGCAAGGUCGCUUCGGGAGGAUGCCCUUUGGAAACUGACCCUGGUCCCUUGACCAGCAGUAGCAGCCGCACUAGCAGUAGUUGUAGUACAGUGAGUAUGGCCACAGGAGCCAAUAGUCAGACUGGUCACUUCUCCGCCAAUCACCUUAGCAGCAAAGCCACCAGUGGGUCCGCCCCUGCCAAUCAUGCUGGAACUAGUCUCCUAUCUAACCAGUCUGCUACCAAUCGUAAUUGGGGUUCUGGGCCUGGACCCUCCCAUUGCCCCAUUGGAAAUGACCUCAAAGGUGACAGCCCUGUGGGAGGAGGCAGCAGGGGCUGGGGUUCCUCUUCGUCAUCCUCCUGCACCAGUUUUAACUUGAACCUAAACCCUAAUGCCAACCCAUCUGCCUGGCCCUUGUUGGGGCAUGAUGGUGGUGGCACUGGAGGAAGCAGCUUAGGGGGAACUAACACUAUAUCACCUCCUCAACCUACAUCCAACCUCUGUAAUCAACCUGGCCCCCUGUCAGUUCAAACCAACACUUGCUCUGCACCCAACACUACCAGCAAGUCUUGCGGGACUGGCAGUGUGUGGGGUUCUGUAAUGACUUCCGAUGCAUCGGAGCCACAGUCCACCUCAUCAGCAAAUGUGUCUUUCAGUUCAGAACCUCAAAACCUUAAAACUGAUGGACCAAAUCACAACAAUAAGCAAGAACCUCCAAACCCAGUACAAAAUUUGCCAGGCUGGGGUAGCGCACCCAUAGGCAUGGGCUCUAUGGGUCAACCUGGAGGUUUGCAAGUCAAUGGAGAAGAUGGUAACACUGUAUGGGGUAACAGUGGUAACUCAAAGCAAACAUCAUCAAAGGAGGGAUCUGGCUGGGAUUCUUCAUGGGGUCGUGGAGUAAGUGGAACAGGAACUUCUGGAGGCUGGACUGAAAAAUCCGAUGGAGACUGGGGAAAGCAGCACUCUGAAGAGACCCAAAGUGGGUGGGAUGCACCAAGCUCUCCUCCCCAGGAUUCUCAGGCUAGUCCUUGGAGCAGAGCAAUGAGCACAGCUGGGGCCAGUGAAGGUAGCAGUGACAGUAUGGAGGGGCUUCCUCAGCAAAGAGAUUGCACAGCCAGAGAAAAUCCAGUUCCUUUGUUGCCUGCCCAGGACCUGGACCCUAGGGUGCUGUGUAACACUGGUUGGGGACAGACCCCUGUUCGCCAGCACACCACCUGGGACAUGGAUGAUGCCAAACAGAAAAAUGAUCCUGGCACUGAACCAUGGGGCUGUGGCCCAGCCACUCCAACCAAUGCACAGGGACCUUCAAAAGCUAACACAGCCCCUAUUCAGAGGGCUGACCAUGGAAGCGAUGUGCCUGGUUCUCAGGGAGCUUCUGGCUGGGGUGGAAGCAUUGCUGCUACCCCCAAACCCAGCUCUGGUUGGGGAGAGCCACCCAACAACAUAAAGCACCCCAUAGGCCCUGGUGGCUGGGGUAACCCUUCAACAGGAGAACCUAGCACCAGCAUGCCCAGGAACAAUAGUCAGUCUUGGGGAGAUGAGAAGUCUACAGGGUGGGAUGAAUCUCGCAGCAAAUCAACUUCCCAGGGCUGGGGAGAGCAACCCAAAGUUUCCCACACCUGGAGUAACAGUGGAGGGAGCAAUAACAAAGGGGAUUGGGGAGAACAAGAGGAGAGCAAAAAAGGUCCCACUAACCCAGAGUGGGAAAACCAGCGAAGCUGGGGAAUGUCUACUUCAGGAUCUGGGGUUUCUGGAGGAGGAACCAUGGGGGGAACAGGAGGAAGUGGUGGUUGGGGUGACACAGCACCUCAACGUCCUAGUAGUGCACCUCAAGGUUGGGGUAACAAGCCUCAGGAAGGGCCCUCUGGCAAUACUGGAGGGGGAACCAUGGGUUCUUGGAGUAGUUCUUGUACAGUGAAGCAUGGUUCUGGCUGGGGUGCUAAAAAGCCAGAGGCGUCAGCUAAACCUACUGGCUGGGAAGAACCCUCGCCACCUUCAAUCCGGCGCAAGAUGGAGAUAGACGAUGGAACGUCAGCUUGGGGGGACCCAGGUGCCUACAAUAAGACUGUCAACCUUUGGGAUAGGAACAAUCCAGGAAUGUCCCAAGCUAAAGCUACAACAGGAGGCAGCAAUUCCCCAAGUUCCAUCAACAAGUCCCCCCAUACUCACAAUCAUCCUUAUCACGUUCUGCCUGCACCUUUACAGAACCACAGCCAAAACCCUCAAAACUCAGGCCCCACCAAUGGGGCUGUAGAUUCUCCAGUGCAAAACCAAUCUGGACCGUCUCACAGCAGGGGUCCCCUGGUUGCUCAAGGUUGGGGAGAGCUUGCAGGUCCUCACGCAAAGUCAGAGAGCUCUUGGGGGGAGCAUGCACCCUCCCCUGUCAGUGUGGAUAAUGGCACGUCUGCUUGGGGCAGACCUACUGGGAACUCUGGAGGCUGGGGAGAGGGCAACUCGGACAACUUCACCAGGAGCAACCCAACAAUGACAUCUGCAUCUUGCAAACCUGCCCCUAAACCUAUGCAAGAUGGAUGGGGAGGAGGAGGAGGGGAAGAGCUUAGUCUGUCAGGUGGUCAGUGGGAUGCAGAGGAGGGAGACAUGUGGGACAGCACCGCCUCCCAAGAGAGCAAUUCUUCUUGUAACUCUUGGGGCAACGUGUCCAAAAAAGCUCCAUCGAAGCCAAAAGUCCCAGGAAAACAGGAAGAGGCAUGGAUUAUGAACCGACUCAUCAAACAGCUGACAGAUAUGGGCUUUUCUAGGGAUCCAGCAGAGGAGGCUUUGAAGAGCAACAACAUGAACUUGGAUCAGGCCAUGAGCGCCCUGCUGGAGAAGAAGACUGAGCUGGACAAGCGUGGCCUGGGCUUAGGUGGGCCAGACUACAAUAACGGCCUCAUGAGCAAGCCCAUGAGCUGCCCUCGGCCUCCACUUCUUUCUAAAGACCCCUCUGCAGACCCCCGUGUUCCUUUCAUGGAUAAGAUGCAAAGUGGAGUAUUUGGCAGUGGUGGAGCAACACAAGCCCGGGCCAUGCCGCAGCCGCAUCCACCUCCUCAGCCACCAGUGCCGCCUCUCAGCUCCUCUCAGCCUAGUCUCCGUGCUCAAGUGCCUCCGUUUCUCUCCCCUCAGGUUCAAGCACAGCUCUUACAGUUUGCAGCAAAAAACAUAGGUCUGAAUCCUGCACUUUUAACGUCACCUAUAAACCCUCACCACAUGACCCUUCUCAAUCAACUUUACCAGCUGCAACUGGCCUACCAGCGUUUACAAAUUCAACAGCAGAUGUUGCAGGCACAGCGCAAUGUUUCUGGCCCCAUCCGACAACAAGAGCAGCAAGUUGCACGAACAAUCAGUAACAUGCAGCAACAGAUCCAACAGCACCAGCGUCAGCUGGCACAAGCGCUGCUGAUGAAACAACAGCAACAGCAGCCGCCUCCUUCCCAUCCGGGCCUGCACCCCGGAGGAGCCAAAUCCCUCCUGGAUCCGUUUCCUGGUCAUUCCCAGACUCCAGGCCUCCCUGACCUGCAGACCAAAGAGCCACAGUCCUCUCCCAACGCGUACAGCCCCUACGCUCUCUCUGGAUUGAAUCCAAACAUGAAUGUAAAUGUGGACAUGGGAAGUCUGUCUUUAAAGGAACCCCCACAACCACAGUCACGCCUGUCUCAAUGGACGCAUCCCAACUCCAUGGAAAGUCUCUCUGGAAACUCCUCUCCUCUAGAGCCAAACUUGGGAAAACACGGUGCCGGUCUGGGCGCCCCUGGGAAGCCCCCCCAACUGGAUGACUCGUACAGCCCCUACAACCUGAUCCCCAGCUCUGAGUCUCCCACCAGCCCCCUCGUCCCCCCAGACAGCUGGGGACAGGCCAAGAGCAGCAACGACAAGAUGGCCAACGGGACAAAUAUCAAUUGGCCGCCUGAGUUUUGCCCUGGUGUACCCUGGAAGGGCCUCCAGAAUAUCGACCCCGAGACCGACCCGAAUGUGACUCCGGGCAGCGUUCCGAGCGGACCCACCAUAAACACCAACAUCCAGGAUGUGAACCGCUACCUGCUCCGCGACAGAAGUGGAGGCUCCUCCCCUUCCUCAUCUCAGAGCGAGGCUCUGCCUCCGUCCACUGAUUGGCCAGUCAGUGGCUUCACUAGCUCUUUCAGUCUUUCGUCCCCGGAAAUGGACGACACAGGUAAACUCUCAGAGAUGAAAUCUACCUGGUCUCCAGGCCCCAUUUCCCACAGCCAGCCGUCUCUGUCCCACGAGCUGUGGAAGGUCCCCCAAGGCCCCCGAAGCGGCACCGCAGCCCCUUCCCGGCCCCCGCCUGGCCUCACGAACACAAAGCCUUCUUCUACCUGGGGGGGGAACUCUCUGGGUCUGGCUCAAGGCUGGAGCAACUCCUACACUGCAGCAGGCACCACGUGGAGCACGGACAGCUCCACCAGGGCCAGCAGCUGGCUGGUUCUGAGGAACCUCACUCCACAGAUCGAUGGUUCGACCCUGCGGACACUGUGCAUGCAGCACGGGCCCCUCAUCACAUUCCACCUCAACCUCACACAGGGAAACGCUGUGGUCCGCUACAGCUCCAAGGAUGAAUCAGCAAAGGCUCAGAAGUCCUUGCACAUGUGUGUGCUCGGGAACACCACCAUCCUCGCAGAGUUUGCUGGGGAGGAGGAGGUGAACCGCUUCUUUGCACAAGGCCAGUCACUUGGCGGAACGACCAGCUGGCAGGCAUCUCCAGGAACCAAUCAGAGCAGGAUGGGUGGGGCCGGGGCCCACCAUCCCAUUGGUCAGUCCCCCCACUGGAACAGCAACAGCAACGGCUCCAGCAGCAGCAGCAGUAGCAGCAGCCUCGCAGCAGGUGCAACUAAAUCCAGCGGAGAGUUGCUUUGGGGCGGAGUUCAGCAGUAUUCCAGCCUGUGGGGACCCCCCAGCGGAGAGGAAGGCCGAGUCAUGGGGAGCCCCACUCCAAUCAACACACUGCUUCCUGGUGACCUGCUGAGCGGAGAAUCCAUGUAGGAGGAGAAACGCAAACAGGAGCAACAACCUUGUAAAUCAGUUUGGAGAUAAUCAGCGAGUCGACGGAGGAGGAAGGCGCCGCGUCUUCGGCGCCUGACCUCAUCAUCCUCCUCCGCUUCUUUUGUGUUUGACAUUUCAGUUGCAGUCGGAGGUUUUGGGGUUACAGUGUUCAGCUUUCGCUUCUGAAGAAGCAAUAGAAGUCUAAUUCAUCAAAGAGAAUUGUUUUUGGGUUUUUUGAAAGAAAUGAAAACUUGUGAAAAGUACUUUAGUCUAACUGACUCAGUAACAAGCUGCCAUCUUUAAACUGACAUAGUCCCUCACUGCCCUUUGAGGCAAUCAUACUGCACCUCAGAGUUCCAUGAAACAAAAGCAUCAUUCCCAAAGUGAAACUUUCAGAGUGCUUGUUGAAUUCUCCGCUGGUUCAGGCUCGACAUUUGUUUCUCUCAGCACUAAUAUUAGCCUUAAACUAUUUCCUGUCCAGCGAUCCUCACCCGCUCUGUACUCCGUGAAGAGGUAAACAAGACACGUGCACACCUUUAUUUCUGAGCCAGAGACACCUGAGUGGAAAGUGCACGUUCCUGCACCCCCUCCUUACCCACACACACACAGCUUAUGACUACAGAUUGCCCCCCCCCCCCCACCACCACCACCACACACACACACACACACACAGUGCUCAAAGGGAACGAUGCAACCCUGUGCGCCUUGUUCAAGGCAAAGCUGAAGAACAAUUUCCAAGUGUGUCUGUCGAUGUUAUCUGAGGGGGGGGGGUAUGUGGGGGCUAUUGUGGUUACAGACGGUCAACAAAACAACCACUGCUCUCACUACGGAACUGUAAAAACAAACACUACAGUGCACUCUGCUCGUCUGCAGUAUCCCUGCAGUUUGGUUCCCCCCCCCAUAUUCCACAUGCUAGCCCACUGUUUCACGUGACGUGCAAUAUAAACCACAGACCGUACCGUCCACUUACCAGACGACUCAGCAGAUCAAAAGGAGCAACGGAGCUGCAAAACGCCGUCACCUGACCACAACCUGCCGCCACUACCCUUCCUCCCCCUUCAGGAAGGGGGGCACCCUGCUCUUCACCCUCUUUCAACAAACAUACGAAGCACUUCUUCAGCCAGCCUGAGACUGACUCUGGGGGGGAGCGAGGCCCAAGUUUGUGUGUGUGAGAAAAUUGCGUGUGUGUGUGUGUGUGUUUGCUUGGUGCCACGGCGACAAACCAAAAUGAGAAGAGCCUGUGUUUUCUUCAUCCCCCAGAAGACCAGAUCACUUUUUUUUUUUGUAAUGUAAAAAAGAAAAAAAAAAUGGAAGCAAUGAUGUGUGAACAGGUGGUUUGUGAUAGCACUUAAAGAGAGCGCCGCAGCUCGUCGUACCCUCAACGCCAACCAAGAGAAGAAAGAGGAGAAGCACGGACAAACGCAUAAAAGCAAUCUGCUUAGUGACUCCUCUAAAUGCUUAUUUUUAAAACUUAAGGAUGUGAAUUUUUUGUUUUUUAUCCUUCCCUCAAGUCAGUGGGACCAUAGGAUGUCAAAUAUGGUAGCAAAGUGAAGGGAAAUACAAGAAACUAACUCAGCUGAUGAUGGGCGUGGCAGGGAAACCCCGUCCUCGCCCUCUUGUACCAGAGUAAAUAUCACUGUUACAUGGCAGCAUUGGAGUUUUUGGCCUUGGCGUUCCUACUCUACUGGGUCCGGCGGGGAGGGGUCGCCGCCGCCGCCGUCUCGUCUGUCGUCCUUCGUUUCCUCCCGUCUGUGAGACGGCGUGGCCACCGAGUGCCUGCCUGCUGCGGCGUGCUUCGCUGCAGCAGGCCCCCGCCCCUCCCCCCUGCCCGCCGCUGUUUUCCGCCGCGUCCCUGCGGACCCGUCUGGACUGGCAUCCCUCUUCUUCUUCCUCCUCCUGCAGCCCCCCUCCCUCCUCCAAGGCCAAGAGCAGCUCUGCUCCGCACCACUCAUGUGGAAUCUACUGCUAUGCCAGAGUCAGUCCUCAGCAAACCUCCACUUCCACUCCUGCAAAGAUCUCUCCAGGCACUGACGGAGCGUCGCUUUGCUCAUUUGUACUUAUGGAAUUACCAGAGUGCAUUUUUAAGGACUCCGCUGAUGUUGUUGCUGUUUUAAUGUCGUUGAUUGUUUCCGAUGAUUUGAAAAAACUGGUCUUUGCGCAAAGUUCAGCUACUCUUCUGCCCCCUCCACUGCCUCCGAGGCAGAGCCAGAGUGAGGAUGAGCGGUUCAAGGCACGGCGGGACGUGGAGAAAAGUGUCUGUUAACACUGUAGACCACCUCACCUGACGACAGCCUUCCAUUUCUAUGCAAAUAUAAGGAGGAAUCUGUUUGCACCCCCCCCCCCCUCCACCCCUGACAUCUGCCAACCUUCAUUUAUCCCCCGACCUUUACUUCCAGGCAGCUUCUCCUGAGACCUCACCUGGAGGACAUGGAGGGGACACUCGGAGAGCCUCUCAGCUCCCAGCAGGUGGACAAAUCGAUGAUGCAUGAGGCUGGACUUUUUUCUUUUCUUUGUGUCACCUCUAAAGCCGUGUGCCAACUAACAACCACGUUGUCGUUGUGGGUCGUCGUCAACGCAAACAGGGUUCGCUUUCGGAGCUUUCUGCAGAGGCGCAUCCUGCAAACUCCAGAAGUGCAGGAGGCCAGGGGAGCAGAGGGGGCGGGACAGAUGCAUGGUUCUGGCUUUUUAUUGUUUUUUGGAACAGAGAACUGGAAAUGGGUUGCAGGGGGGGGGGUGCACUGUUUGUGCCAGUGCACUGCUCAUGGGUCACAUCAGGUACAUCUCUGAAAAAAAAAGAAAAGAUGGCUGUGGAGGUUUAAAACCCUACAAAAAGAAGAGGAUGUCAGUUUGAACCGCACACUCCCAUAGGCAGAGAGGCAGAAGCAGGGAUGCACCUCCAAUAGGCAGGGGGGGGGGGGGGGGGCAGUUUCCCUCUUGCAGAGUCGCCUUAGACUCACACCAUUCAACACAACAAUCACUUUUGCCUGUGCUGUCUGUGAGAUUGAAAAAAUGCAUUAACUCCACACUGGACUUAAAUCAAAGGAGCUGGUGUUGAAGUGGGGGGGGUCGGGAGUGGGACGGGGCGUGUCUCCAGCACUGAGAACCCCCUCCUCUCACCACCCCCCCCCUUACACUCUUUAUCUACCUGUUUAAGUGUUGGAAAAUCAAAUGCGAUCGCAUUUUUUUGAUUGCUUUUUAUUGUUAUUAUUUUAAGGUGGACUUGAAGGCAAUUGUGGCUGAAAUCGAACCUGUUUCUUAAUCAUGGGUCAGAUAGGGAUGGGGGGGGGGGGUUCCGGGCAGGGACCUGUCAUUCAAAAGCCUGGGUUUAAUAUGCACAUGCUAGCUCAUACUCGCUAUACAAGCUGCAGUACAGACAGGUGACGUAUCUGUGAUUUUCACGAGUCCCUCCAGCCUGCCCUGGUUCUGACCCCGUAGCGUCCUGCUUGGUUUCCGAGUCCACAAGUUCUGUUUGCACCUCAGCGCCUUCAGGGGUCGGCUGCACCAAAGCUUCCCAAUGCUGGGUCACUCUCUAAAUUGGACUUUUUCCCCCAGAUCCUUUGGGAUUCAGCGGCCCACGCAGGCGGACGCGGAAACCACCUUUCCCCCCUCCUCCCCAGUCUCCCAACAAAAAAGUUUCCAAAAGGCGAGAUCAUAAACAUAUCAGAGUAAUACGAAAUAACCACGAAAAUACUUGAAUUAAAAAAAAAAAAGCGCCAAUAAUGUAAUGUGAACACUUUUUGUAGAUUUUUGUUUUGUUUAAACUUCAGAGAUUUUUUGAUAAGCAUCAGCUCAGAGUGAAUCGAAUCUAAAAAGACAAAGCAAAACUGACAUCGGUCGUUUUUGAGUGUUUGCACAAGGCUGCUUGUACUGUAUGAAUGAAUGUUUGGCGUGUGAAGUGAAUUACAGCGGGACAAGUCCCGCCUCCGCUCUCUUUUCAGUUCACUAUACUUUUCUUGUUUUUUUUUUUUUUUGUUUUUUGGCUGGUCAGAUUUCUAUUCAGAUGUUGUAACUAGCCUCUAGUGUUGCACUGAGUGUCUCCCUCCCUCCUCAUCCAGCUAUACGAACAACCUAAUACAAGUACUGAGGGGAGACGGGACAGUUCACGUGUAAAUGUUUACUCAAGGACUAAAAUAAUUGUGUUUUUUAAAAUGUAAAAGGUUUAUCUACCUUAGUGGCUUUCAUUGUGGAAUAAUCCAAGGAAGUAUGGAUCAUAACUGAGUAUUGCACCAUUUUUUUAAAGCUAUAAACCUUAAAAAAAAUGUUAAAAUGCUUAAAAAUGAAUCAAUAAACGAAGUAUUUUGCAGAGCUGUGGCCAUAGAUUGAGGUAGAAGGACUUCAGCUCUCCCAAAUCUGAGCAUGAGGAGAGCGAAGGAGGAGAUGGGCCUGGGCUUCAAGGCUCACCUCAGAGGUGCCUACUUUGAUUUUUUUGUUGUUUUAGCUUUUAUUCUACAUUCAUUUCACUCAUAGUUUUUUUUUUUCUGCAAGACCACUGACAGUUUACAAUUUUUCUGGAGUUCAGAAAAAUAAAAAAAGGAGAUAUUGAAUCAUGGGAAUGUGGAUAGAAAAUACUAAUAAAAUAAAAAAAAAAUAAAAGAACAAAUGCUUCCAGUUUAAAAAUAAGUGCAACACAACUUCUUCACAGAAUGAUUUUCCUUGUGCUACUUUCAGAACUCUGGGAUUGAACAGUUUUGUCUUGUUUACCCUUCUUUGUUUUGUGUUGGUCAACUAUAUGAAGCCUGUUUGUGUCAAUAAUAUAUAUUUUUUUCUUUUUUCCUUUGUAGAAAAUGAAAAGACAAAAAAAAAAA